UCGCCACUAUUUGUGUUUUAACUAUAUUUGUAUUCCUAUUUGAUACCUUUAUAUAUUUUUUUCUGUAUAGUAGCGUGUAUAACUUAUAUACUAUUUAUUUUAAUUGGUAGAAUACGGAAUGGUCGAAUGUGAUUGGAUGUACGAACUCAUCUACAAGCCUUUGUAUAAAUAGUACAUUUUGUUGCGCCGACUCACGUGCAAAACACCUCUGUUGUCAGAUACUUUUUAAAUUCAAACAAACAAUGCAACUUAACUUUAUAUAGUAUCUUGUAAGAGCAAUGAAAACAUGCAUUUGUAAAGUUUGAUUAAUACUAAUAAUGUGAUUGGGAGAUGCUUCGCCGUUAACGGUGUCAUAACAUUUUGACGCAACGUUAACCCUGCCUUCGAAUCUGUGUUUUCCUUUUAUUGCAGAUAUAAUCUUUCAUUUAAAAGCUUCUAAGUAAUAUCGAAAAAUGUCAGCCACAGCUACGACAGCCACCCUUCCGGUUGAGGAAGAAUUUGAGGACUAUAAUCCUCAAGCAAAAUUAAUAAAAACUCUCGAAAGAAAUGGAAUCACAGCAGGAGACGUAAAAAAAUUAGAGGAAGCUGGUUACUAUACUGUAGAAGCUGUAGCUUAUGCUCCCAAAAAGCAUUUGAUUAACAUCAAAGGUAUUAGUGAAGCCAAGGCAGAUAAAAUUUUGCAAGAAGCUUCAAAAUUGGUUGUGAUGGGUUUUAAAAGUGCUACUGAAAUUCAUCAAACUAGAUCACAUAUUGUUUUUGUAACAACUGGUUCCGCUGAAUUGGAUAGAUUGUUAGGGGGUGGUAUAGAGACAGGUUCUAUUACAGAAAUUUUUGGGGAAUUCAGGUCAGGUAAAACUCAGUUGUGUCAUACACUUGCAGUCAAUUGUCAAUUACCCAUAGAUAUGGGUGGUGCAGAAGGGAAAUGUCUUUAUAUAGAUACAGAAGGAACUUUUAGACCUGAAAGAUUAAUAGCUGUUGCAGGAAGGUAUAAUGUGGCAGGGGAUAAUGUUUUAGACAAUGUAGCUUGUGCCAGAGCUUACAAUACAGAUCACCAAACACAGUUAUUAAUUCAGGCUAGUGCUAUGAUGACAGAGUCUAGAUAUGCAUUACUGAUAGUGGAUAGUGCAACUGGCCUAUACCGUACUGACUAUUCUGGAAGAGGAGAAUUAUCUGCUAGACAAAUGCAUUUAGCCAGAUUCCUUAGAAUGUUGCUGAGAAUAGCUGAUGAGCAUGGUGUUGCAGUUGUUAUAACAAACCAAGUUGUUGCACAGGUUGAUGGUGCAGCAAGUAUGUUUGGUGGAGAUCAGAAAAAGCCAAUUGGUGGUAAUAUUAUAGCACAUGCCAGUACUACAAGACUGUAUUUGCGUAAAGGCAGGGGGGAAACUAGAAUAUGUAAAAUUUAUGAUUCACCUUGUUUGCCUGAGAGUGAAGCAAUGUUUGCUAUAAAUGCAGAUGGUAUUGGGGAUGUUAAAGAAUAGUAUUAUUUUCAUCUUUUAUAAAUAUUUGUAUUCGUAAGAAAGCGCUUUCAACUGUCACUUCUUUUCUAUUUAUACAUUAAGCCUCAAGGACAUGUAAGUUGAUUUAUCACACAAAAAAUAUUGAUAAGUAAUUACAGAUUUGGUUAGUCUCUGCAUACCAUAUAAGUAAAAGUUAAUAAAAUAAAAUAAAACAA